AUGGCGGAUCCGAGAAUUCGUAGGCAAACCUACACAGCCGCAUCCCAGCCUUCCCGCGGUGCGUAUCCGCGCGGAUCUGUUCCCCCGCAGGCGCAACGCGGGGUUGGAUCCAGGGGGAGCGGAUCCGGUCGCGCAACUGCUGGCGGAGAUGCAGGAUCGGGGGAACGGCAACCCGCGGAGACCGCGGAGCAGGCGGCGGAGCGGGAACUGCGCGAGCGGCGAGAGCAGGAGCGGGCGCAGGAGGAGCGGGAGAGUGAUGCGCGCGAGCGGAAGGCGCAGGCGGCGGAGCGGCUGCAGCGAGAGCAGCAGGCGGUGGUGUCGCUGGAGCGAUCGGUGCGUGCUAAAGCGCGCGAUGUGGAGUCCCUAUCCGCGCAGAGCACGCAGAUGGACGAGCAGGCCUCAGCGAUAAGGGCGAGAGUGGCGGUGCUUUGCGCGCAUUCCCUGCAAGUCAACGGCUUCCGAGCGUACCUGGGGGCUGGAAACCGUGGCCUGCGUGACUGCAAGGCUCGCAUCUAUUCUCUAAUUUUGUUGGUGGUGCUGCAGGGUGCUGUGAAGGCGGAGGAGAUAAGAAGGGAGUGGGUGGGAAAUGAUGUGGAGGAGGAAGGAACGAGACUGGGGAAUGGGGUGCUGCUGGGUGCUGCGGAGAGGAAGGCGGAGGAGAUAAGGCGGGAGUGUGUGACAACUGAUGUGGAGGAGGAAGGAAAGAGACUAGGGAAUGGGGUGCUGCUGGGUGCUGCGGAGAGGAAGGCGGAGGAGAUAAGGCGGGAGUGUGUGGGAAAUGAUGUGGAGGAGGAAGGAACGAGACUGGGGUUGCAGGGUGCUGUGGGGAGGGAGGCGGAGGAGAUUCGGAGAGAGGAAGCGAGGACUGAUUCGGAGGAGGAAGGCACAAAACGUUGUGGUGCAGAGCGGUGUGGUGCAGAGCAGUGUGGUGCAGAGCGGUGUGGUGCAGAGCAGUGUGGUGCAGAGCGGUGUGGUGCAGAGCAGUGUGGUGCAGAGCGGUGUGCUGUAGAGCAGUGUGGUGCAGAUUGUUGUGAGGAGAAUGGAGGGGAGGGGGAACGGGCGAGGAGUAAGGGGUGGGACGAAUCAGCAGCGCCGGCCGCCACAGUCAACGCAGGAGCUGGUGCUGGCGAGGCAGGUGAGAGUGAGAAAGAACUGAACCUCCCUCCCGACAUAUACACAGGGAGAGGAGCAAGAGCUGUGGUGAAUCAGCAGCGCCAGGCGCCACAGUCAACACAGGAGCUGGUGCUGGCAAGACAGACACAAGUGCUGAGGAGGAGAGCCAAUUCAGUGAGGCUGGAGGUGGAAAGGAGGACCGCUGAUCAAGCAAGCAGGCCCACUCCCUCCGCUUCCCCCCCCCCUCUCUCCAUGUCCCUCUGCCAGAAGGAGUAUUGCGACCUAUGCCUGCAGUCGCAGGUGCUCCAAACGAGAGCCAAGGCAGUGAGGCUGGGGGUGGGAAGGAGGAUCACUGAUAAAGCAAGGAGGCCCACUCUCUCCCUCUCUCACUCCCCCCGAUUCCCUCUGCCAGAAGGAGUACCGCGACCUGUGCCUGCAGACGCAAGUGCUGAGAAGGAGAGCCGAGGCUACAAGGGUAAAAGAAAAAGGCAAGCAGAAGGCUCUCUCAUUCCCUCUUCCUCUCACCCACUCUCUCAUUCCCACCCCACUUCCUCCUUUCUCACUCCUUCCGUCUCCCUCUGCCAGAAGGAGUACCGCGACCUGUGCCUGCAGACGCAGGUGCUGAGUAAGAGAGCCGAGGCAGUGAGGCUGGCGGUGGAACGGAAGUCCGCUGGUGGAGCAAGCCAGCUUGGGGAUGGAAAAGGACGAAGAGAGGGGGCAGGGGAGAGGGGGGAGGAGGGAGGGGAGGAGGGAGAAGAGAAGGGAGAGGAGGGGGGAGGGGAGGAGGGAGAGGGUGAUGAGGAGGAUGUGGAGUUGGGGAUAGCUAUGGCGGAGGCAGAGUUGAGAGUGCUUCAGGCAGCAGAGAAACGACUAUCGAGUGAGGUGGCAGCAGCAGGCGCCACGAAUCGCAGAGUGCUGCAGCAGUGGGAGCGAAUUAAAGGGUUCAACGAUGAACGCAGCAAUAAGUGGGCGGAGUACGAGCUUAUAAGGAGGAUAAACCAGGCCUAUGCCCAUAUGUGGUGGAACCUCACCAAUGGGGCGACUCAGAAGGCCCUGGCAGGACACGUGGCAAAGGCUGGAAGCGCUCUGAUCGGCUCAGUGCGGGCGGCACGAAAUCUGGCUAUUCACGAGGCGACAGCUGGCGUGGCCCUGCCGCCCUCCUGGCUGUGCCACCCAGCAGUGGCUCAGUUUGUGGAUGCCAUGUCAUCAGCUGCUGACGUGGCGGCUGGCAGUGCUGCUGAGCUGGAGCCAGCUGUCGCCAGCAUGGCACGGCAACUCUCUGGAUUGCAGCAGCAGGCGGAGCAGCAGCACAUGGAGGUGCUAUCGGAGUGGCUGCCACAGCUGGCACAGCUGCAAGGGCAGUCAAGGCAGCUCGUGGCACGCACUCAGAACGCCUCUGACCUGGUCUCCCAUUGGUGGAAGCAGCCGGCCCUUGGGAUCAUCCCAUGGUUGACAGUGGAAGGGAGGAGCAUGGAGGAGUGGGCAGUGGCACUAGAGGCCGCUCAGAUGCAGAGGGAAAUGUAG